CAGGUGAGAUAAAAUCAAAAGCACAGAAAAAGAAAAAUGAGGUUAAUAUAAAUUUGAAAAUUUCAUAGAUAACGAAUUGGUUCAUCACAUCCAAAGUAACAAAAUGAAAACAAUUUACGGCUUUAUUUUGCUUGUUUCAGUAUGUUGCGUGUACGUUUAUGCUGAAAGUUGCAACUCUAUCCAAGAUUGUGUGAUAACACAAUGCAUACAGACAAGUAUACAUUCCCAUAUGUCGUGUGAUAAACACCACUGCACGUGCAGAGAGGACGCCAGAGCCUGUAUUACACAGAUAGACUGCGUUGCCAAUGCCAGGUGUGUUGGAAGUUCAGGGCACCUAGAACGAUUUCAUUGUUUGGAUGGCGCAUGCCAGUGUAUCUAAGAAAUAAAGAUUAUUCAUAUAAACUCA